AUGUCGAAUAACAUUCGUGGAGAUGGCACAGAAUUGUUAAUCAAGACUGAACUUACCAUACCGGAUGCAGCGCUGGAUUUACACUUGAACCAGGAGAGUUGUACUGCUCAUGAAGCGAUCUGGACAUAUGAAUGUUGUGACAACCAACCUGAUGGCGUAUUCGAGGCAAAGAACACUCAUAUUACAACCAAAUCAGAGUACGAAGAGGUCGAUAAGCAGCAUCAGCUGCAAACAACAAAUGAUGUGCUGGGUCAUAAACAGGAUGAUCUCAAAAGCCAUCGUAAAAAACAUAAGCACCACUGCCCUUAUUGUUCCGCAACAUAUCCAGAUUUAAGCAACUUAAAGAUUCACAUACGCACUCACACUGGCGAAAGGCCAUUCAAGUGUACAAUCUGUGAUAAAGCUUUCCGUUCAUCGAGUAAUCUGGUAGUACACUCGAAAAUUCACAAUAAGGACCAACAGCAACAGUGCCCUCAUUGUUCAUCAAUGUUCGCCAACUUAUCUAACCUGAAGAUUCAUAUCCGCACUCACACUGGCGAAAAGCCAUACAAGUGUACAAUCUGUGAUAAAGCCUUCCAUUCAUCAGGCAGUCUGGCAGCACACUCGAAAAUUCACAAUAAGGAUUAUCAGUGUCAUCUUUGUUCGUCAAUGUUCGCCAGCUCAUCUAACCUAAGGAUUCAUAUCCGCAAACACACCGGCGAAAGGCAUCAGUGUCCUCACUGUUCAUCAAUGUUCGCUAACUCAUCUAACCUAAAGGUUCAUAUCCUCACUCACACCGGCGAAAGGCCUUAUGUGUGUAAAGUCUGUGACAAAACCUUCCAUUCAUCGCUAACACUAGCACGACACCGCAAAAUUCACAAUAAGGACCAACCGCAUCAGUGUCCUCAUUGUUCAUCAAUGUACGCUAACUCAUGUAACCUGAAGAUUCAUAUCCGCACUCACACAGGCGAAAAGCCAUACAAGUGUACAGUUUGUUAUAAAGCCUUCCAUUCAUCGGGCAAUCUGUCACAACACUCGAAAAUUCACAAUAAGGACCAACAUUAUCAGUGUCAUCUUUGUUCGUCAAUGUUCGCCAACUCAUCUAACCUAAAGAUUCAUAUCCGCACUCACACUGGCGAAAAGCGAUACAAGUGUACAGUUUGUAAUGAAGCCUUCCAUUCAUCGGGCAAUCUGCGGGAUCAUUCGAAAACGCACAAUAAGGACCAACAGCAUCAGU